AUGCAGCAGCCGCCAUGCGUCAGCAUCGUCGGUAGCGCCGACUACAGUGACGCCCCGUUGCUGCCGCCACCGAACGUUCCGCUAUUUACGCCGCCGUCUGCGUCGCUGUAUGCGUCACAGCCUACGUCAGUGUACACGUCACAGCCUACGUCACUGGAGGCGGGUAUGUACGACCAGUCGGUUCGGCACGACGAGGACGCCCUCUGUGAGAGGAUCCUGCGACACAGCCCGCUGUACGACGACACCUACCCGCCGUCGCAGUCGGGAGAGGGCGCCACCUGCUGGUCGGAUGAGUGCGCGUCGACGCAGCCGGACUGCGGAGGCGUCGCCACGUCGCCGUGGCAACCGCGCGUCAGCGACGUGAUGUCACUGGGUCAACCAGCGGUCAGCUUCCAUCCGAUGGAAUGGAAUUAUCCAUCUCGCGGCGUCGGCGCCGGCGCCACCUUCGCUGCGGCCGACGUCGUUGGGGGCAUCCACGACGAACCGUCGUCGACCAACGACGCGGGCCGUCGCUGCAGCGUCAGUCCGCCGUCGCCGCAGCCGACGUACGCGGCGAGGCGGCGACGCUUCGGCAUCGAGCUGGUGGCGCUCUCUAGCGGCUCGCAGUGCCUAACGUGCCUGCCCGCCGUUGAGACGCUGCUACAGGGCUCGCGCCGACGUAGGAAACGGAAGCCGCGCGUCGUCGUGACGCAGACGAUCGCAGUGCCGCCGCCGCCGACGACGACGACGACGUACGAAACGCGUCUGCUAGUGCCGGUGGACGUCAUCGCUGAGGCGACGGCUGCUGGCGGCGGCGUCGGCAGCAGCGAUGUGCGGCUAGUGCCGACCCACGCCGCCACGCGCGCCACGACCGCUGCCAAGAUGGCCUACAUCGUACCGGUCGUCUUCAGCUCACCAGGUGGCGCCACCGAGCAGGGCUCUAUCGCGCAGACGACGUCGGGCCGAGCGGCGACGGGAACCGCGUACAACGUGGCGAGGACGACGAUGACGAUGAUGAGUACGGCACGCAGCGUGGUGUCGCACGUCGGCCCCGUAACGACGUCACGACAAGCGACACAGGCAACCUUCGCCAGAACAAGCUCCGGCGUUCUGUCCAUCCAGAGCGACAGAUCGCGCAUCCUGAUGAUCAACAGACGCACGAGCACUCACAUGAUCGCUCCGACGUCAUCGCGCACGCUAGGUGGCGCUGCCGUAAACAGCAAGCCGCUGAUCUCGCUCUUAGACGGUCUCAUGCAACCGCCAACGUGCGAGUUACAGUGGAAGCCAAUCGCAGGAGACAGGGAGCUGUCGUCGGUGGAGACACCUGGCGGCACUGCGGGGAGACACGUUCUUCCGCCGGUAGUUGCGAUGAACGCUACUGAGGUCUGCGCGACCGCGGCAUCCACGUCGUCAGGGGGCGCGAGAGUCAGGGUAGGCGGUGACGUGGCAGCGGCAGGGGUUGUCGCAGAGUUACAGCCGCCGUACACUCAACUAGAUAACACAGCGUGUCAUCUACAGCACCAGCAACAACAGCAGCAGCACCACCAGCAGCAGCAACAGCAACACCAGCAACAGCAGCAGCAGCAGCAGCAGCAGCACCACCAGCAGCAGCACCACCAGCACCACCAGCAGCAGCAACAGCAGCAACAGCAGCAGCCCCAGCAACAGCAGCAACAACAACAGCAGCAGCAGCAGAAGCAGCAGCAGCAGUUUCACCAGUACUCAUUUGCUGGCGUGUACCAACACCAACACCACGACCAGCCUACCACGCUCACUGAGCCGCCCCCCAUCCCGCCACACACAGCCUCGAUCUCACAUGACGUCACGUCCGCGCUGCAUCCCGCCCAGCAGACGCCUCUGUCGCUCAGCCAAGCUGCGGGUGCGCCACCGUCGGUCGGCUGUCCGACAAACGCGCUGCUGCUAGCGAAUCAGCCGAUGACACCGAUGACACAGUCGACGGAAAAUGACAAUCCCACCCUGCGUCGUCUGCUCACCGCCGAACCGCCGCUUAGCAACAGCGUCCGCUUCCUGCAGCAGGUUCCUAGCAACGCCGUCUGCAUCCUGCAGCAGGCGCCUAGCAACGACCACGCCCCUAGCAACAGCGUCCGCAUCCUGCAGCCGGCUUCAUCGACGGACGCGUCGCUCUACACGCUCGCGCCGUACACCCUCCACCGCUCCGCUACUGCUGACGUCAACAAACCGAAGGAGCGGCAGUUUCAGUGCUCGGCGUGCCCGAAGCGCUUCUCGCAGCGAUCGACGCUCGUCACGCACUCGCGCGUCCACUCCGGCGAGCGGCCGUACACGUGCACGCACUGCGCGCGCCGCUUCACGGACGUGUCGACGCUGAAGAAGCACGUGCGCGUGCACACGGGCGAGAAGCCGUACGUCUGCUGGAAGUGCGGCCGCGGCUUCACGCAGUCCGGCAACAUGAUCCGCCACAGCCGCACGCACGAGAUGACGCGGCGGGCGCGCGACUCGCACGCCGUCUAUGAUCUGCUCUAUCCCGCCUCCUCGUCUUCAUCUUCCUCCUCCUACCCCUGCUUGUGCUCUUGA